AUGUCGUCUCUAUUGGAGCGAGCAUCCGGGGAUGCUUCUAUUGAUCGAAGUGUUCAGAACUGGAAUUAUGCUUGUCAGUCACUAUGCAUUAUUGGGAUGACAGUUUUCUUUGGUCUUCGCAUGUAUACCCGAGUGUUUAUUCUUAGUGGGCUCGGCACAGAAGAUUGUGAGUUGCUACGGUAUGGCAUCAAAGAAAUUACGUUUGUGAAGAUAAUAUUGACAAAUUUUCCGAAGUUCCUCGGUAUUUCUUAUUCGAUUAUUGCCCUCGUCAUGGGACACUAUGGAGGUGGUUUACAUUGGUCUGAUGUCCAUGAAGAGGACAAAAUCCCCUUCCAAAAGACUAUCUACGUGACGAUGGUCAUGUACGGACCAACCGCCUAUCUAACCAAGGUCUGCCUUCUUUGGAUCAUGACCCGUGUGUUUAGUCCAUUCCGAAAAUGCAUCAUCUUCAUCAGGAUCUUCAUGGGUAUCAUGUUGGCCUACUAUAUCCCCGCUGUUAUCGUCAAAAUUCGAAUUUGCAACCCCAUCCCCAGAUUUUGGGACCCGAAGGUUGCCGGUACAUGCCUUGACAAGAACUCAAUUAUCCUGGCCGAUGCUGUUGUCAGUGUUGUCAGCGAUUUAAUUGUUCUUAUUCUUCCUAUCCCGUUGACUUUGAGCUUGCAAAUGUCAACAAAAAGAAAAAAUGAGGGUGCGGGCGGGCUAGCUGUUGCGUCAAGUAUCAUUCGUCUAGCACUCAUUAUGGUUACUGGACAAUCAGCAGAUGCUUCUUUUGCUUUCAUGAGAAUCAACAUGCUCGGUAACGCCGAAGUCGCCAUUGGUGUGAUCUGUACCUGUCUCCCUGCCCUCUCUGCCCUCGUCAUUCGCCUCUACAACGAGUAUUCCAGCAAUAAAGCAACCCUCGAGUCGUAUAAGAUGAGCUCAAUGAAAAAUCAGACCAGGACCGAAAGAAGCAAAAAUCAACUGAGUGUUCGGGAGCUGGACUCCGAUGAGGAUGGACUGGUGUACAAUGCGCAAGGCAAUCCAAGAGUUGAGACUACUAUUCGGGGUGACAGUCCACGACAAGAAGGCGCUGGGGGCGUCAACUUUGAUGGUAUAGGGAUUACGCGGACGGUCGAUGUGUCAACCUCUGUGGAAACCCGAUGA